AUGUUUCGAGAUAUUUAUAGAGACUCGCUGAAGAUAGAUGGUGUAGACAUUCAGCUAAGCAGUGACAGAAGCAGCCAAGUCUUUCCAUACGACAGAGAAAUCGACAGAAUCUUGCCGGAAUCGUAUAAAACAGCAAUCCGCGGCACCAAAGAAGAGAAAAUAGACAAGUUUUCAGAGGGUACUUUAUUCUAUGUGUUUUUCAACCAUUGUGGUAAAAGAGUGCAGAAGGAUGCGUAUGACAGGCUGAUUAAACUGGGCUGGAUGUACAGCAAAGAGAUGAAGACUUUUUUACAGAUUAUUAAAAGAACGGAAGAAACUGGUCUUAUUUUAUACUUUGAUUACUGCACAUGGAAGAAAGUGACUAAAGAAGUAACAAUUGACUCUGCAUUUCUCAGCACCCUUGAGGAAAAAGAGAAUUAAGUCUUUAUUUAUCGCAGAGGCAGGAUAAUUUUUUGUUAAAUAAUUGUUGGGCAUAUAUUGGGCU